AUGCAUCCGGCUUUGGGAGCUCCAAUUAGCGAUUUCCAUGUGUUCAGAACUGUUUCGACAUCAUUUCAGGGAUCAGCUCCGAAUGCUCUUGAUACGAUAGGGUCAGUCAGGCAGCGUAUUGCUAUAUUUGAAACACUAUCAACGGGUAACAAGCUUGCGUCAAGUCGUAAAUCAGAUAGUCCACCAGAGGUAGCGGAAGUUUCAAAGCAUGAGAAGCACAGUCCUUUUUGGGAAGGACCCAGUGAACUUUAUGAGAAACCGAAAACAAUACCUUACAAGCCGGAAAGUGAUCAAUCCGAUGCAAAAGAGACUGGCAAGUUAUUUUUAUUCUCUCAAAUUGAAAAAACUGGUCACUUAGAUGGGAUGACAAAAGCACAAAGCAAAACUUAUGGCGGGUAUGAUAAAACUCAAAAAGGUAGGUGUGAUGUACAAAAAUACAUCUAUGAAUCGGAUCGGACAGCUGAAUCAAGUCAGCCUUAUGAAGUACAAAAAUACAUACUUAGUGAACAUAACGAUACGUCGGAAACGGUAGUUUCAGAAUGGAUGAAACAGAAUGAUGAGAAUAAAAAUGUAAAAAAUAUAGGAAGGCAAAAAUUGGCUAAGUGGGAACAAGAACAGGGCACUGGUCUUUCUAAUGACUUAGAAGUGGUCAUGCAAAGACGAUUCGAGAAAAUAGUUGAGGAAGGGGCAAAAAAAUUCAGGGAAUUGGAAAACAAUACAGAAAACGAAUAUAUCCUGAAACCGAUUACUCCUUUAGAAAUUAAGUUGCAACAAACAGUAACGCAAGAAGUAUUUACACAGAAAGGGGACCAGGAAACGUAUUCUGAAAUCCAUGCAGUUGAACGAUGGGAAAUCAUUGAUAAGGACGAACUACAUGCGGUUACUAAAGUUGAAAUCGUGGGAAAAGAAGUCAAAUCAAAAGGAAGUGUUUCUGCAACACAGGAAAUUCCUGCAAUAGAGACAACGAUAGAUUCCGAAAGUACUACUUGGAAAAUACUGAUCCCAACUGAGAAAGACUUUGGGCUAGAAAACGUUCUUCCGGAAAACGACACUAUAAAAGAUAAAGCACUUAUACUGCAGUAUACUAAAGAACUUCCUAUGGAAAAACUGAACCUCAAGAAAGAUGAACUUCCUAAAAAAUUAGCUGAGAAAGGUGAUAUAUAUAGCAGGAUGAUGAAAGAUGAAGAAUCUAUAGCAACAUCUACUGCUGAAAGGUCGGAGCUAGAUUUCUUGAAGAAUAAGACUGGUGAACCGGAAGUGAUUGUUUUAUCACCUCAUAAAGAAAUGCGCAAAGAUGAAUUGAAUGUCACCGAUAUAUUAUUGGAGAAUCCUACGAAAAAAUCUUCACCUUUCUUUUACGAAUUAUCUGAAAACAGUAAAAAGAAGGACGUUGAAAUCGUCGAAGAAAAUGAAGUGUUAUACGAAAUCAGUGAAUCAAAAAAGCCUCUCUUCUCAGAGCAGAAAGUUACUUUUACAGAAAAUGGCUUGUUUAAAGAAGCAAAUAUAUUGGAGAUAUCACCUGUCAAAGAAAAAGUGAAGCAAAGGGAAACAUCUAUAGAAAGCAAUGAAAUAAGUGAUGAGAUCUUACAAUCAGAAAAAUUAAAAGCUCAGGGAAAUAUAGUAAGUAUGACCCGAGACGAAGAUCUUAUUGGGGAAGAGAAGAAACUACAUACUCUGUUACAAACUAUAACAUUUCAAGACACGUGUAGCUUACCCACUGAACAACAUUUCCAUGUAGAGGAUUAUCGAGAAAUAUAUGAGGACACUCCUCAUAAAGCUCUGUAUGACGAGGACGAAAAACCGAAAUCCUUCAAGAAAAAAGAAAAAAAGGAUGAUACUAACUUUGAUAUUGUAAUGCAAUUAAAAAUGAAGGAAGAAGUGGUAUCAACAAAAACCGAAGAGCCACAUAAAGUUAAAACUGAGUUAUUUGAAGAAGAUGGCUCCGAUGAUGAUGAGAAUUGGAAGGAUAGAAAAGCAAUGAGUAAGCUGAUUAUAAAUACUAUAGAUGUAACCAAAGAAGAUAAUAUAUAUCUAGAUGACAAAACCAAAGGAAUAAUAGAAAAUGGAACUGCCGAAAGUGCCGUAGAUAAAGCAGAAGCAGCUGUUAAGAGAGAUGAUAUCGGAAAUAUAUUUUUGUCGAAAAAUCAAUUUCUUAUCGAAACAUUAUCACAAAAGCAUUUUCCAAAGGCAGAGACCUGCUGUUAUGAGAGACAACAAGGAGAUUCAGAAGAAAGUGAAAAAGCUGAUUUUGAACUUUUACUGCCAGAAAGAGAAGUUGAAAGUGUUCCAGAAAAAGAAACGUCCAUUGCAGUUAGCGAGAGAUUAAUAGAUUAUCAAUGGACAAAAACGGCAAAGCAGGAAAAGAUGUAUUACAUGCAAAACACUCAAUUAGAGUGGUUACUUAAAGAUGGGAAGUAUCAAUUUCAAGAAGAUGAAAUGGAUAAACCGAAAAUGAUCUCCUUGCGAAGGGAAAGACAAUUUGAUGAAACGGGAGAUAAAACUAGCCAUGCAAGGAAAGACCAUUACUCUCCGCCGUUCGCUUCUGAGGAAGCCAUAAAUAAGCCAAAACGAUUUCAUUCUGCACAACCAUAUGUUGAACUAUCCACCACUACAAGAACGUCACAAAUGCAAAAUUAUAAGCUUGGGGAUACUGAAGCACUCAUACAUCAAAUAGUAGGAGGUAUAAAAUCUGCUUCAAUUGAAGAUAUAGAAAUUACUGUGCAGCAGGAAGUGCGAGCACAUCACGAUCAGCCCGAGAAUAUAGAAACCUUUAUCCAAAAGGAAAUGCUAGCAAAUCAAGAAAUUGAGGGUGGAGUGAGAAAAAAAAAAAUUGAGGUGGAGGAACCGAACACAACAUUCAUAUGUAUACUUAAUUAUAAUGAAAUGAGUAGCGAAAGUGAACAUUUAAGACAAGAAAGUUGGGAUAAAUCCUAUAAAAGUCCUAUUAUUAAAGAAACUAAAGAAGAAGAAGUAGAGGUACAUGACGUGAAAUUGCAACAAAUCAAAAUGGAAUGCUCAGAAAACAAAAUGGAGAAAGUGGAGGAAAUUUCAAGUAAAUCUUCGCAAAAAAAAGAAACAACAGUAGUUAGAAUGGAAGCAGAAUCUAUAAAGUUAGAGAAAAUGGAAGUUUCCACAACACUGCUCGGGGGAGUAAAAAAAUCUUCGAGAACUGAUGAAGUUGUAGAAGAGCCUUUAGAAACUGCAAAUAAUGGAUUUUGGUGUGAUGAGAAAAUGGAUGAACGUUUGACAGAAUAUAAGGAAGACGAAGUGGAUGAAAGUAUGAAAAGAAGUGGUGAAAUUUGCGUAGAUCAACCUCAUUAUCAAAAGUUUAGAAAAAGUGUUUUAGACAGGCCGGAAAUUCUGAUUAAAACAGAGGAAUUAUAUAAGUUCCCACAUAAAGAAGUGGGUUCGAAAGUUCCGGGAACGACGAAGAAAGAGCGAGAAGUUAAAACGAGAGAAGAGCAUAAACAGAUAUCGGAAUAUCCGGAGUCAGUAGUUAAAACGGAAGAAGAAUGGACCAGUAAAAGUAUAGAAACCAUAGAUGGACAUGCUGAAUUGGAACCUCAUUCAAAAUGGCCAGAAGUGGAAAAAUCAGUGCAGGAAACUUUAAUAUCUGCUGCAGAAAAACUGGCUAAUGAAGAAUUUUUAGAGCAAAUUGAAUUUGCAGGAGAAGGUUCAAGAAUGGAAGCAGAUGCAACAUUUAAUUCAGAAGAAAUACAAGAUGUUAUCAUGAGCGAUGAUGAUGAAAUUUUUCAGCAUACAUUUUUAGACUAUCCUGACUUAGGAGAAUUGAAUUUCGAGAAAGUCAUUGAGGGGAUUUCAGAACGUUGGUCAGAAAAUACUAAAAAGAUAUCAGAAAAUAUUCCAAAAGAAGCUGGAAGUGUACAAAAGUUGCAAGAUUUUCACCACUUAGUAAACAUACAAAUGAAAGAUACAAAAAGAAGCGAGGAAGGAUCAAAAAUUAAUGUUGAAGUCAUUUCUCUGAAUAGUGAAGAGAAGUGCUGUGAUGAUUUGAGUGAAUCGUUAACUUUACACGCUGAGGGUGAAAUGAAACAUGUCACUGCUAUUUAUGAAAGGACGCAGGAGGGCAUGAAAGAUGAAGAAAGGGAAUGGAAAAAAGUAGGCAAAAUAAAGGAUAUCGUUGUAGAUAUUAAGCGUGUGAAUGAAGCAAGUUCCGAAUUGGAUUUUGAUGAUAAGGACGCUGACAUACCCAGUAAAAAAUCCGGUAAAACGGGGGAGAGACAAGUAACAAAAUAUGGCAGAGCUAUAGAGAACGUUGCAGGUGAACGGCAUAAAAUGGAUGGGAAUUAUCCGCAAAAUACGGAGGUCGAAAUAUCAGAAAAGCGCAUGAUUUCGCGUGAGUUAACAAGUGGUGCGGAGGCAGAAAAUCAGAUGUGGUCUGAAGAAAGAAAGGAAGGAGAAUCCUCCUUCUUCAAUGAUGCUGAAGAAUCGAAUCAUUAUGAUAAACAUUUAUUAGCUGAAUCCAGCUUUCCUGAUUUUACAGAAAUAGCAGAAAGUUUAACAACUGCUGGGAGAGAAAACGAAGAGAUUCCGGAAAAAUACAUAAAAGGAGAGCUGAAUGGUAAACAUAACGGAACUGAAAUGGAUACUGUCGAAAUAUUACAGAUGAAAUUAGAGUGUGUAGAAAAAGUGAUAUAUGAAGUAGGGCAACAGCAACUAUCAAAAAAUGAAAUUGCGUUAGGGGAGAGAAAGACAGGUGAAAAAGAAAAAAAGGGUAGAACUGAAGUCGGAAAAAGACCAACUGGAGAUGUUAAAGAUAUAGUAAUACGACUAGAAGACGGAAAAACAAGUGGCAGAACAAAAGAAAUCUCGGAAGCAUUUCAUGAGGACACGAUGAAAGUUCAAACAGAACAAAUAUUAAAUGAACAUAUAAACACAUUAAGUGAAAAACCCGUACCAAAGUAUUUUCAGAAAUACAACAUUUUAGGACAAAAGAACUGUAGACCAAAAGAAUCAACAACUUUUGAACAUGAAAUAUUUGUCGAACAGGAGAAGUCUAAAGGUAUAUUAUCACUGAAAGCCAUGAAUGGAAGUCAAGAAAGAGAUGCCGAACGAACACCAGUUGUAGAAGUGUUCUCAGAUCGAAAGAAUGGGAAACAAAAAAAUAUGGAAUCUGAAAAUAAUAAAUACAAAACAACGACUACUGAAAAAGUUUAUACUGAGCAUCUAAAACCACAAAACCUGAUAGAAGCAGGGUUAACGCCGUAUGAAGAAGUGUUAGAAAAUGUUUCAAUGGAAUAUGAACAAGGAGCUAUGGCAGUGCAGUGUGAAAUGUCAGAUAUUCAUUCAGAUCUGAUAACAUCUAAAACAGCAAAGAAAGAAAAUCUAAAAAAAGAUAGGACUGUGAUCAACAGCAACCAUGAAGGCGGUGAAACUUCUCAAGACGGAUUUCUCAGCUUCGAUAAUAGUGCGGGAAUAGUUUCAGCAAGUAUGAUUGCCACUCCUGUCGCCCUCGCAGCAGUAGGAGCUGCAGUUGCUUAUGAAUGCAUGACAAAUGAACGUCAAAUAGCAGCAAAUUCCGACUUAGAAGAUAAAAUGUUUAAUAUUAAAAAACUUGAGCUAAUGUACAAAGCAGAGUCGAAGGAAACAGAAAUCCCAUCAAGCAAGCUUGAAGUUGGGGCAAAAAAAACAAAGCCAUUUAAAGAUAUUGUGUCGGAUAGAGAGGUUCUCGAGAAAUACGGUACAAUAAUAUCCAAGGAACCAAUCACAAGGAUAGAGCAUAUGGAAAUAGAAGGUUGGACAGAAUCAGAUGAAAAUCAGUUAAAUAAAACCGAGGAAUUCGAAAAAACUGAAACAAAAACAUUUGAAGAUAUUAUACCGGUUAAAGAAGUUUUCGAA